GAUGGUCUCUCUCUCCCUCUCUCUCUCUCGCUCACUGACUGUAGCCGGAGCGGUCGGCCACUGUUAUUGAUGUUUCUUUCCUCGACAUUUCCAUGGUAACUGUCCUGUCUAAGGUCUGAUCAGCAGCGAGGAGCCGAGCAGUGUGAGAGAAUGGAGCUGGAGGAAAAAAACCCGGACCCGAAAUACGGAGAGUCCAGGAAGUUUGAUCCAAACUUCAAAGGACCAAUCCACAACAGGGGCUGCACAGACAUCCUCUGCUGUAUCCUCUUCAUCUUGGCCUUGUUGGGGUACUUUGCUGUGGGUAUCCUCGCCUGGUCUCAGGGUGACCCCCGGAAAGUGAUCUAUCCCACAGACAGCAGGGGGCAGUUCUGUGGACAAGCUGGAACACCUCUGGAGAAGAAGCCUCUCCUGUUCUACUUCAACAUAUUGAAAUGUGCCAGUCCUCUGGUGCUGCUGGAGUUUCAGUGUCCCACCACACAGUUAUGUGUGGAACGCUGUCCUGACCGGCAUCUUACCUUGGUGAAAGCUAAGUUAGGCAGCAAAGAUGACCGUGAAUACUACCAACAAUACUGCAAGCCAGGAGUGGACUUCACCAAACAAAGUCCUCCUGAGAUCCUGAGGGAUGGCUUGUGUCCUGCCAUGCUGAUGCCCAGUAAAGCCUUAAACACUGAUCAUCUCCUCCCUCCACAGUCACAUCGUCGCUGCCUUCCUGCCUUGGGAACGAUGAAAGGAGGGGUGGUGGUGGUGGGCAACGAAACCACUUUUGAUGCCGGACAGGGUGUAAAUAUCAAUGCCACCGAGGUGCUGGAGGCAUCAAAGAAGUCAAACAUGGUUGUUGAAGCUCGCCAGGUGGCCAUGAGAAUUUUUGAAGACUACACUCAGUCUUGGCAUUGGAUAUUGCUUGCUCUGGUGAUAGCCAUGAUCGUCAGCUUGAUUUUCAUCGUCCUGCUGCGGUUCUUGGCUGGUGUCAUGGUCUGGGUCAUGAUUGUGUUGGUUAUUCUAGUCAUUGGAUAUGGAAUUUUCCACUGUUACAUGGAAUAUGCCAGUCUGAAGGGAGAGCCUGGCGCUGACGUCACCAUCCGUGACCUGGGCCUGCAGACCGACUUCUCUGUCUACCUGCAGAUCAGACAGACUUGGCUGGCCUUCAUGAUCAUCCUGGCUAUUGUGGAAUUCAUCAUCAUCUUGCUACUCAUCUUCCUCAGGAAGAGAAUCCUAAUUGCCAUCGCUCUCAUCAAAGAGGCCAGCAGAGCCGUUGGUCAUGUGAUGUCGUCUCUAUUCUACCCACUGCUGACCUUUGCCCUGCUGUCUGUGGUGAUUGCCUACUGGGCCAUCACUGCUGUUUUCUUGUCCACCUCAAAUGAGCAGGUGUACAAAGUGUUCAACACGUCUGAGUGUGAGUACUCACGAGAGACCUGCGACCCCAAGACAUUCAACACCUCCAAUGCCUCAGCUCAGUGUCCAGAUGCAGAGUGCCUGUUUGCCUUCUAUGGUGGUGAGACCCUCUACCACAAAUACCUCAUCCUUUUCCAGUUCUACAACGUCUUCUUGUUCUUCUGGUGCGCCAACUUUGUGACUGCCCUGGGUCAGGUCACUCUGUCGGGGGCCUUCGCCUCAUAUUACUGGGCCUUCAAGAAGCCCGAUGAUAUUCCUGCCUUCCCCAUCUUCUCCUCGCUGGGACGCGCUCUCAGGUACCACACAGGCUCCCUGGCUUUUGGCUCUCUGAUCCUUUCUGUGGUUCAGGUCAUCAGGGUCAUUCUGGAGUAUCUGGAUCACAAGUUGAAAGGUGCUCAGAACAAAUUUGCUAAAUUCCUGCUAAGCUGCUUGAAGUGCUGCUUCUGGUGUCUGGAGAAGUGUAUCAAAUUCCUUAACAGAAACGCCUAUAUCAUGAUUGCCAUCUAUGGAAAAAGUUUCUGUACCUCGGCUCGAGAUGCUUUUUUCCUCCUCAUGAGGAACAUCAUCAGGGUGGCUGUUUUAGACAAAGUGACUGACUUCCUGCUGUUUCUGGGGAAACUCCUCAUUGUUGGCAUUGUUGGGAUAUUCUCUUUCUUCUUCUUCUCUGGAAGGAUCAAAGCAGUAGAGGAUGCUGCUCCUUCUCUGAACUACUAUUGGGUGCCAAUACUGACAGUGGUAGUGGGAUCCUACCUCAUCGCCCAUGGUUUCUUCAGCGUGUACGCCAUGUGUGUGGACACACUCUUCCUCUGCUUCUUGGAGGACUUAGAGCGCAAUGAUGGAUCAGCAGAGAGGCCGUAUUACAUGUCGCAGAACCUGCUCACCCUCCUGAAGAAGUCCAAUGAAGAAGCCAAAUCUGUAGAUUAAAUCACAGCUUUGUGUGUGUGUGUGUGUGUGUGUGUGUGUGUGUGUGUGUGUGCGCGCGCGCGCACACGGGCAGGCUUGUGUGGGUGGUGUUCUUAAAUGAAAUGCAGAACGGGGGAAUUACAAUGCCAUUUCCUGUGCCACACUAUGAAGGUAGAGAAUUUUUGUGUCUUACUGUCAAAUGAGAUUCAUGCCUGUAUGAUAUUGAUCCUUUGGUAUUUUGUUACCAAUUUCUCUCUGUAUUUAUUUUAUUACAGAAGGAAUUUGGGAGUUUGAGUUACAGAUGAUAACUGUAGUUAAUUUAAGCAAAAAUGCUUUUCUUUUUCAUCAUACAUUUCUGUUGUGUGUAGUCUGUUAUGCAUUUCAUGUGGAAGCUUUGUGGGGUCCAGUUUCAGUGAGACCUCCAGCAUAUGGGAGUUGUUGGAAAUUAACUCACCAAAGUAAAGUUGCUUAACUGCAGGAAAUUAAAUGCUUAAUAUGAUUCUUAAAGCCUUAAGAGAUUACAAGUGGUUUAACUUGAACUUAUUGUUAUUAUUUUAAAAAGCUUGUGUUCUUUUUUCAUACUCUCCACUGAAUAUAAAACAUAUCCAUGAUUUGUGUGCAAAUUAUAAGUUUGUAAAUGUUGUACAUCGUUUCACAUUUUGUUGUAAACUAAUAAAGGUUUGUGUUGCCAUA